UGAGGCCUGUAGAUUGAACCCGUUAUUCAUAGGAGGCCCAUUAGGGUUUGGAUUUUAUUAUUGUAUGUGAAAUCUCCGAUAAUUCGCUCUUUUCUUCUGCCUCCGUUUCUUCCUCCUCUCUCAGCAUCGCUGCAUUUUCCAGAAUCUAAAGAAAGGUGAGUGAAUAACAAUGGUGGAGAAAGCCAAGGGUAGGAAAGAGGAGGUCGUCUCUCGAGAGUACACCAUCAACCUCCACAAACGCUUACAUGGCUGCACGUUUAAGAAGAAGGCUCCCAAAGCAAUUAAGGAAAUAAGGAAGUUUGCGCAGAAGGCGAUGGGGACGAAUGACGUGAGAGUGGAUGUGAAGCUCAACAAGUAUGUCUGGAGUCAGGGGAUCCGGAGUGUUCCCAGGAGGAUUAGGGUUCGCAUUGCUCGCAAGAGGAAUGAUGAUGAGGAUGCCAAAGAAGAGCUAUACUCUCUUGUUACCGUCGUCGAGAUCCCCAAGGAGGAGCUUAAAGGUUUGGGCACUAAGGUUAUUGAUGAUGAGGAUUGAUUAUGUACUCGAUAUAUAUCUUUUGGUUAUAGUUGAUUUUGCGGAUUUUAUAUUUAUCUUUUAAUUUGUUGAGACGUUGAGAAUAUGUAGUCUGAUAAUAUUGACUUUCUGCCUCAGUUUUGAUUGCCUUAGAAAAAUGAAACAUAUUUGAGUUUA